AUGAAAACUGCUACUAACUUGAGAAAUUCUAUGAGAAGCACCAAAUCUGCAAAGCAAGUUGUAGAAGAAGACGCUAUUAAAAGUGGGUUAAGCCACUUAGGCCCAUGUGAGACUGGAGAAUAUGCUUAUUUGCAUUUAAGUUUGAAAGAUCAAAACUUGACAUCUAUUGCUGUAACAUUUAAUUCUUAAUCUUAGUCUUAAUUAUCUAUAACACUUUACGUCCACUACGGGGUAGCCGUUUCCAGAGCUGCCACCAUAUUUAUCCACGUGUCGGGCCCAUGGAUCUCUGGACCGACCCACUUCGAUCGCCAAGGCACGGAUAAGUACGGCGUUCCGGCUUCAACGGGCUUCGCUGCCACCACGGCUUUAUUCCGACUCAGCUCCUGCACGUGUUCCGCCUGAGGGUCCACCUCCUUCGGGUGUACUGAGGGGUAAAAGACCUGAGCCUCUUGAUCGCACUGAGGAGCAGUUCCUUUGGUUAUCUCCAAAGUUAAACCGCUGUUGCUGUGCAGAAGUUCUCAAGAUAAAACCCCAACCCCAUAAAUAAAAUUGCUUGAGAGAGAGAAAAUUAGCGGAGCUAAUUUCACUUGAAGCGAAAGCCAUUUCAUUUAUGUAACAUUUAAUACAGGGAGUAGAAAAAUUUAUUCAUUUACAGCACAUUGAUCUAUCAAAAAACCGAAUUACAAGCCUCAGACCGCUCUCGUCAAUUAAGCAUCUACUAACUCUUGGAGCAGCCAAUAAUAAACUCACGAAGCUAUUAGAUUUUGAUGCCCCACAAAAUCUUUUGUAUGUAGACUAUUCAACGAAUUUAUUGACGAGUAUGGGCAAUUUAAAGCGACAUAAAUAUAUACAAAUAUUGAAAUUAGACCAAAAUUCAAUUUCAGAAAUAACUGGCAUUGACGAGCUGCCAAAUCUUCAGUUUUUAUCGCUCAAUGAAAACAAAAUCACCUAUAUUUCAGGUUUGCCUUUGAGCAUUCAGCAAUUGUACUUAGCUCAUAAUCAGAUUUCAAAAAUCGGAACUGGGCUUCAAGGCUUGGUUAAUUUGAGGAUUCUUGAUCUCUCAUAUAACCAAAUCUCAAGCUUAAGAGGUUUAGAAGAAUCAGAAAGCUUAAUGACUUUGCUGCUCAGAGGAAAUGGGAUCAGAAAAGUAAAUAGCCUUAGUCCAAUCGUUGAUUUAGCACUUCUAAGUGAUAUUGACUUAACAGAGAACCCAGUCGUAGAAAAGCAAAUGUAUCGGCUUAGAGUGGCUUAUAAAUUGCCACAACUAAGGUCGCUUGACAAUGAGCAUGUAACUGCUGAAGAAAAAAUAAAAGCAGAAAAUCUAUAUGGCCUGGAUCUUGAAGACCGAAUGGCUUUAUUCAACCAAAUAUUCCCAAAUCAAACUUUUGUGGAUAGGAGAACGUUUACAAGUGAAAUGCUAGACUAUGAAAGUGAUAGUGACAGAGAAGAUUUAAAUUUCAUUGACCAAUAUCAAGCUCCAAAAAGUUCUGCAUCUAGAAGCUCAUCGUCAAGAAUUGGCUCAAGCAGGCUUUCUAAAGUGAAUAGUAGAGAGAGCAUUGACUCUGUUACUAUGGGAGAAAUCCUGGCGUUUUCUAAAAGAUAUGUAGGAGACCUUAUUGAAAAAAUUGACAGUGAAAGAGCUGCAGCAGCGGUUAGUUUCGUUCCAUAA